AAUGCUGACGGGGGUAGAAAUGGAACUUUGCGCUCCUCACACAUGACUCUCCUCUGUAUUUUCUUUUUCUUAUCUCUGGGUCUUUUUUAUUCUUCUUCAUUGUUGUCUGCAGCCCUCUUCAUCUCAUUCAUCUCCUACUUUUCUCUUGUUUUUUUCACAGAACCAAAAAUGGCAACAAGCAAAGCUGAUGGGAAGAGGAGCCUGAAGGAAAUGACGGAGGAUGAAGACGAGGAGGAGGAUGAAGAUGGUGCUGGUGCUAUAGGGUUUGGAGAUGAUGAAAAGAAGAAGAAAGGCAAGAGAGGAUCCAGUGCGGGGGGAGGGUCAACACUACCUGCUUGUCAGGUUGAGAAUUGUACUGCUGACAUGACCAGUGCCAAGAGGUACCACAGGCGCCAUAAGGUCUGUGAGUUCCAUGCCAAGGCUCCCAUGGUUCCAGUCGCUGGACUCCAUCAACGCUUCUGCCAACAAUGUAGCAGAGGGUCUCCCUCAUAAUUUGAUGAAAGACAAAUCAAGAUCACUGAUUCAUCAUAGCAGAUCAUUCACGGUAGGCUGACGAUGAUAGAAUACAAGAACCCGUACCCUGGACAAUCAUGUGCCUUGAAAUGCCAUUGAAGGAAGAUGAUUAAUUUCUUUGGUUCAUCCAGGAAUUUUGCAGGUCUUGGGGUUUAUUUUUAUGCUCUUUACACAGGCAUUACAGACUCACUAAUCCAAGGGUUCUUGUUUUACGUUCCUGCAUUUAUGGCCAGUGGCUGCACUUGAAUCCAUGAUAAUGCUUUCAAAAUAACUUACAGAAACAAAAACGUUUCCCUUUUCUUUGUGCUCAGAAAUCAGAACUAGAUCGUUUCGACUUUAGACCAGGAAAAAAGGGUCAAGUACUACUUUUUCAUAUCUUUUGGCAGUUCGUUUUCAUCUCUUUAAAAUGAUGGUGAUCUGCAGGUUUCAUGAGUUAUCAGAGUUCGAUGAAGCAAAAAGGAGUUGUCGAAGGCGCUUGGCUGGACACAAUGAGCGGCGCCGGAAAAGCUCAUCGGAAUAUCAAGGA